GGGAUUGUACACAGUAAAUGCAAUAUAUGGAGACACUAUUACUAUGCCUUGUCCUCUAGAAGUACCAGAUGGUCUUAUGUUUGGAAAAUGGAAAUAUGAAAUGCCAAAUGGAUCUCCAGUAUUUAUUGCCUUCAGAUCAUCAACAAAAAAAAAUGUACAGUAUGAUGAUGUACCAGACUACAAAGACAGGUUGAAUCUCUCAGAAAACUAUACAUUAUCCAUCAAGAAUGCAAGAAUCAGUGAUGAAAAGAGAUUUGUAUGCAUGCUAGUUACAGAAGAUGAUGUUUCCGAAGAGCCGACGAUAGUCAAAGUUUUCAAGCAACCCUCUCAACCAGAAAUCUUACAUCAAGCAAACCUCUUAGAAACAGAGAAGCUACAAAUGCUUGGGGAGUGUGUUUCAAGGGACAGCUAUCCUGAGGGCAAUGUCACGUGGUACAAAAAUGGGAGAGUUUUGCAUCCCGUGGAUGAUGUUGUGGUCAUAAAUUUGCAAAAGAUGGUGGACAGAACAACCGGACUCUUCACCAUGACAUCAUCCCUUCAGUACAUGCCAACAAAGGAAGAUGUAAAUGCCAAGUUUUCUUGCAUUGUGACUUACUAUGGACCAUCUGGCCAGAAGACAAUGCAGUCUGAACCAGUUGUCUUCGAUGUUCACUACCCAACAGAGAAGGUGACUAUUCAAGUGCUGCCACAAAGUAGUACCAUUAAAGAGGGUGAUAACAUCACUCUGAAGUGCUCAGGAAAUGGCAACCCUCCUCCACAGGAGUUCCUGUUUUACAUUCCAGGAGAAACAGAAGGUAUAAGAAGCUCAGAUACUUACGUAAUGACAGAUGUGAGACGAAAUGCAACAGGAGAAUACAGGUGCUCUCUGACUGACAAAAGCAUGAUGGACUCAACCACCAUCACUGUGCACUAUUUGGAUUUACAGCUUACUCCUAGUGGAGAAGUAACAAAACAGAUUGGAGAGGCCUUGCCUGUGUCAUGUACGAUUUCUUCUAGUAGAAAUGCAACUGUGUUUUGGAUAAAGGACAAUACCAGAAUGCAAACAAGUCCAUCAUUUUCAAGUCUUCAGUAUCAAGAUGCUGGAAACUAUGUCUGUGAAACUACUCUACAGGAGGUCGAAGGAUUGAGGAAAAGACAGACACUUAAACUUAUUGUGGAAGGAAAACCUCAAAUCAAAAUGACCAAGAAAACCAACACAAAUAAAAUGUCUAAAACAAUUAUCUGCCAUGUGGAAGGUUUCCCCAAACCAGCAGUGCAGUGGACAGUUACGGGCAGCGGAAGCAUCGUAAAUAAAACAGAGGAGACAAAAUAUGUUAAUGGGAAAUUUUCCAGUAAAAUUGUAAUUGCUCCUGAAGAAAAUGUAACUUUAACUUGCAUUGCAGAAAAUGAGCUAGAAAGGACUGUGACCUCCAUGAACGUCUCUGCUAUAAGUAUUCCGGAAUAUGAUGAGCCAGAGGAUAGAGGUGAUGACAAUAGUGAAAAGGUUAAUGACCAGGCAAAGCUCAUAGUGGGAAUUGUGGUCGGUCUUCUGCUGGUUGCUCUCAUUGCAGGUGUUGUCUACUGGCUCUAUGUGAAGAAAUCAAAUGACGCCAAAAGAAAGUCUGAGAAGGCAGCAGCACAGAACUUUCCAAGUCUGCCGAGGACAGCAUCAAAACAUGUAGACAAAGAUCUUGGAAAUAUAGAAGAAAACAAAAAACUAGAGGAAAACAAUCAUAAAUCUGAAACUUAA